UAACCCUUAACAAAUGCGAACUUUAAUAUAUUCCAUUUGCUCCAAUAGUGAAGAUAAAUGUUCAGUAGGGCUAAUUCAACUUACGUACAUAAUGUAUCUGGGCGACGUUCGAUCGGAAUAAACAUAUAUACAAACGACCUGAUUUAAAUGUUUCAUUUAAACUUUUUAAAAGGGAUAGAUAUAUGAGGAGUGGAAGGCCAUACUCAUUACACGCGAAGGAUCGUGUCACCACAAGAUAGAUAUAAUAACAUGGUAUUCAUUUAAAAAAAAGACUUACCGUUGUCAAACAAAGCAACUGUAACUUUUAAAUGUAGAUAUGAAUUUUGGAAUGGAAUUGUUGUUUCAAUAAGGAAUUAACACCAGCGUAGAAUUAAUCUACAACUUCUGUGUUGUCAACCCAUUUAAAAAGGAAUAUAUCACCAUGUUCAUUAUAGUAAAGUAUGGACAGAAUGAGACAUUAUUGUGCAAUCCUAUGUGUGCUAUUAUCAAUCUACUGAACAGUAUAAAGAAGAGAGCGGGAUAUGGCAACUCCAAUGUUAUUGUUGAUUUGUCAGACGAAACAGGUCUUGUGAAGGAACUAGAUCUACACAAGUAUGACAAUGCAACGAAAUAUUUGAAUUCGCACGAAACUUACAUUUUAGUACAGAAAGAACAACAACAAGACAACUUAUCGAUCGAUUCUGGUUCUCCAAUAGAUUCAAAGAACUAUCAAUACACUCCUUUAUUAGAACAGUACGAAAACUUGUUUCCAAACUUUAAAGUACAUGUAGACCAUAUAGCGACACCUAAAAUUAAAAAACGAGGUGGAAAAUCUCCCAGUCCCGCCGGAAGGUUUACGUCAAAACCGAAGAAAACCACAGAAUCUGGAACAUCAAAAAAGACAAGUGCAAAAAAGAAGUGAAAAU